AUGGAGACAGUUCGUCAAGUGACUGAACUAAAACAGAAGGUAUCUGAUGUGGCUUUACGAGAUGAUGGAAAUGGGUGGUGCAACUACGAUGGCACAUCAGGGUCUUUCAUGUUCCUUGGGGAGAGUGAUGAGGCAACAAUGGGUUAUUGCAAUGGUGGCGAUGGCAAAAUAGUAAAAGUCAAAGUAUGUUACGAGUAUAGACCGAGUUUAAAUCGAGACAUGGCAGAAGCGAUCCAAUUGGUAGGAGCAAGGGCAAUUAAGGUAGAGAUGGCGACGAUAAACGGUUGGAUAAAGGUUGAGGUGGUGGUUCAGUGGCGGGAAGACGGUGGUGGAAAGGAAGAUGUUGGGUCACUAAGGAGGGCAUUGAAUACAUUGGUGGAGAGUCGGGCUUCGGGCUAUUUGGGUCAUCUAAUGGUGAUUAAUAGCCAUAAUGGAUUGGGCCUUGAGAUCCCAACAAAUAAUCGGGCUAGGAUAUGUGGAUCAUUGGAGCUCAUCGAGGAUUUAGAAAUUUUUUUAUUAAAGACUGUUUGA